AUCAGCUGAUCGCGGUUAUUCUGAUUGGUUAGACGUUCUAACCUGAGAAUUGCGCAUUUGCAGGCAGCAGCAAUUCUAGUGCAUUCCACAGGAAUUCAAUGGAGAAGGAGAAGAGAGAGGUCCCUUCGCUCUUGCGAAAAAUUCUAGCAGUUGAUGCAUACGUCACUGAUGAAUUCGUCAAAAAACUCGAGAGAAUUUCGCCUCUUCGACAGCUCAGAGUUCACUGCAAACUGCUGGAGAUAUCAGCGCAUGGGAUUCCAUGGCUCGCCGGGUGGUUGGCAUUACUAUGGAUUGUUAACAGCAAAAAUUUGUAUCAGAUGCAAGUCAAUUUAUUUCUAGGGCUCUUGCUGGAUAUCUUUUUGAUUGCUAUUCUAAAGGCAGUUACACGAAGACGAAGGCCCUUGAAGAGCGAUGAUCCCUUUGCUGUGGGACCAGACAAAUACUCGUUUCCAUCUGGUCAUGCCUCUAGAACGACUUUCAUCACCUAUUUCUUCAUCAAUCUCUGGCCAGUUUCCUUUGUCUUUAUCCCUCCUUUGCUCGCCUGGACCAUAUCCGUUUGUCUCUCCCGAUUAUUGAUGAGGAGACAUCACCUUCUCGAUAUACUAGCAGGCAUUGCUUUGGGUUUACUCAAUGGUCUGUUGAUAGGUAUGAUGUACCUGGAAGCUGAUACUUGCCUAGGUCUCGUGUCUUGGUUGACUGAUGAAAAACUUGAGGGGGGUGAAUUCCACGUAUGAGUUAAUCCUUCUGUGUUAAUAUUUUUAUAAUUGAUCAGAAAGUAAUUAUCGUUUCAAUUGGAGUAAUUAGAAGUACUCAUUCCUACAUCUUCCCUUCGUUAUAAAUAAGAAGGCGCAUUGAUGUCUUAACCGAGUCUUUAUUCUGUAAAAUAUCAUAUCAAGAUUGUUGUGAAUAUUUUGUAUCGAGUUUCAAUAUUUUUAUCCCCAUGUCUGAUUUUUGAUUGCAUGUUCAAUCUUUUUUCUUGUUAUUCACAUAUUUCUAUUGUAAUGAGUAAAAGGGUUUUCAUGAGUU